AUGCCCAACAUUCUUGAUCUUCUCCUAACCUCCAAUUCUGCUUAUGCUGUCAUCCUCUCUUCUCCGUUGAGCUCCUCAGAUCACAAUCUCAUAUCUAGACCCAUCUCUGUGUGCCGUGCCGGGCGCAUAACAAAGGUGAUAGUGUCCGGCAUGGAGGCGUACAUUCCUCACUCUUUUUCUCGACCUAAACCUUCCGAACUUUGGUUUAACACACCCUACUCUUGUGCUAUAGAUGAUAGAGAGGUGGCCCACAAGAGGUACUUGAGCCUUCCAUUACCAGAAUCUCAUGCACUUUAUAUUUAUGCCCGGAACCAUGCCAGGAGACAGACCCCAGCCAAACCCACGCAGAUUUGCCGGUACUGCAAUCGGAAGGGCCACAGUACUGAAGACUGCCACACCAGGACUGCUGAGUUGAGGCAGGAGCGACUGCUACGGCAGGUCCUCGCAGUGGGGGGAUACUUGGCCGCUGCCUCCCCAUCAAUAACACCACACUUGCAGCCCUUUCUGCAGUCUCGCCGAACCACAACUCCCUCCAACAUGGUAAGGCCCGACCGCCACCGCCACCAAUUCAAGGUUAUCUCCGCCAAUGUACGUGGUCUCCGAACGAACAUCGGAGACCUAACCCACAACUGUGUACUACAACACGGUGCAGAUGCAGUUGUGGUGACGGAGGCCUGGCUGAACGGAGAGGUGGAGCCAUCGUUCGGCAAAAUAGGUGGCUACACUCACUGGGCCAGGAGAGACCGACAGGAUAGAGCUGGAGGCGGAGUGGCUGUCUGCUUCAGGGAGAGAGUGCAGGCACAACAACUCGACGUGGACACGCCGCCUCAGCUGGAGGUGAUGUUCUUCCGGGUUGUGCUGGCCAACCACUCUGCCCUCCUGCUGUGCGCCAUGUACUGCCCCCCCCCCCCCCGGCAGGGGCCUGACUCGCUCCUGUACCUCAAGGAGGCCCUAGAUGUCCUCCUUGUGACUCACCGCUGCCAACACAUCUUGCUUGUGGGUGACCUCAACCACCACCUGGAGCGCGACACCUACAAAAACCUCCUGACGGUGCAGGGCCUGAAGGACCAUGUGACCUUCCCCACUCAUGAGCGGGGCGGGACCCUGGACCACGUCAUAUCCGAUCUGGAGGAGGACACAUUCAGCUGCCACCAGCUGGGUCUCGUGGGCAGCUCUGACCACCAUGCUGUCCUGACCCAGGUGGACAUGGGUGUGGCUCGUGACGAGGCCACCACUCGCACAGUCUGGCUAUGGGAUAGGGCAGACUGGGGCUCCCUUCGCCGAGACCUGCGCAGGACUGACUGGCCUUCCAUCCUGCAGGGUGGAGCGGAGGUACAGGCGCUAGCCUUCACUUCCCGCCUCUUGGCGCUCCAGGAGCAACACGUGCCCCACCGUGAGUUUGUCGCCAGACCAACGGACCAGCCUUGGUUUGGCUACCGCUGCCGCGUUGCCGCCGAGGCGAAGUAUUCUGCGUGGCUCCGCUACAAGCAGAGUCCUACUCAGCGCAACAAAGACCUACAUCGUGCGGCCUGCAAGAGGAUGGUGACGACUUGCCGGUGGGCCGUAGGGAGGUGGAAGGAGGACCUGCAGCGCCAGCUAGUAGGCCCUGGAGUGGGCAACAAGACUUGGUGGUCCCUUGUUAAGGGCAGACAGGGACUCAACCGUCAAGACACUGUCCCUUCUCUCACAAGGCCCGACGGAACGGUGGCCACCAGCAGCAAGGACAAAGCCCAGCUGCUGGCCACCCUCUUCGCCGGGAAGAUGGAGGUGGACGAUCCUGAAAGGUCACCGCCUCUUCUGGAGCAGCAGUGCAGAGAGACUGUAACCAAGGUGAAGGUGACGCAGGGACUUGUCGAGCGUCUGCUGCAGGGGCUCGAUGUACAAAAAGCUACCAGUCCCGACAACAUCAGCCCGCACGUUUUGAAACAAUGUGCCCGUGAGCUGGCUGUACCCCUCACCACAGUCUUCUCUGCCUGCUUAUGGGAAAAUACCUGGCCCUUAGUGUGGAAAGAGGCCCGGGUAGUUCCCGUACACAAGAGGAGCUCCAGUUUGAGUUCAGACCUGGGCGGUCCACCUUCCGAUCUCCUCAUGCUCCUCACCGGGGACUGGCAGGACGCCCUUGACGGCGGCCUCGACUCUGUUGUGGUGGCCCUGGAUAUAGCGGGCGCCUUCGACAGGGUCUGGCACGGGGGCCUUCUGGAAAAGCUGAGGGCAAAGGGGAUCCAGGGUGACCUCUUUCAGCUCCUUGGCGACUACCUCCAAGGAAGGACCCUCCAGGUCAAUGGGCAAGCGUCCGAGUCCCUCCCGGUGAGAGCGUCAGUGCCACAGGGCUCGGUGCUGGAGCCAGUCCUGUGGAACAUCUACGUGGACGAUCUUCUCCGACACCUGCCGGCGGUCUCAGCUUAUGCUGACGAUUGCGCUCUCUCCUGUACCUACCCUCGACACGAAAGUGAGUCCGUCAAGAUUCUGGGGGUGGAGGUGAAUCGAGGGCUGCGGUUUGACCGCCACGCCCUUGUGGUGUUCCAUAAGGCACAGGUACAGGGUGUGCCACAUCUGGCGGGACUACGGCUGCCCACCAGAGUCACCUCCCGGGACACGAGAACGGUGUUAUCCAGUGGUGACUCAGUGGAAGUGCCGCGUUCCCGCUCCAGCGAACACCAGCGCGCCUUUUGGGGGCGAGUCUCCAGACUGUGGAACAGCAGUGGAGGACGUAGUGAGUCAACGGCUGAACAGGGGUACGCAAGCAGUGAGGGCAAGACUCAAGCUCAUUCCUAG